AUGUUGAGUGCGUGGAAGUUAAAGAAUCUGGUGGAAGUCCAUGAGCUAAGCAAGAACUUGUUUCUAUUCUGUUUCGCAACAAAGAGAGAUCUCGAAGGAUUUCUAAAUAAUGGCCCAUGGAGUUUUGAUUGGAACUUACUUGUCUUAAGCAGGGUGUCCACUAUGGCAAAGAAACUUGGGGGUGUCUUAGGGAAAUUUGAGGAGCUAGAUUCCAAAGAGGCCCAUAGAAAUGGAAGGUUCUUAAGGAUAAAAGUAAACAUCGAUUUGAAGAAACCGUUGAAAAUAGGGACAAUGGUGAGGUUCAAAGAGAAGAUCUUGCGGGUCCAUUUCAAAUACGAGUGCCUCCCAACUUUCUGCUUCAUAUGCGAGAGAGUUGGUCAUCAAUUAAAAGACUGUAAACCAGUGGGGGAUCUUAGUAAGGAGGGUUUCGAGGUUUUGGAGGAACAAGACUUGGCUUUUGGGGCGUGUUUGCGAGCAUCGCCACUCCCAAGAAUCCAAGAAGAUCAUAGGAAGAAGGAAUUUAAUUCCAGUUUGUGUAGGAAAAGUCUCUUUAAUCUACUUCAGGACAAAGCCGUUGUGAGGUUAAGGGGAAAGGGAAGGAAGGUGAAGAAGGCGAAGUUGAUCAAAGAGAGGAAAUUGGGCCGAGGACUCAAGGAAAAGAGACCACAUAACCUGUUGGGAAAAACACGAGUAGGACGACUCUAG